AUGGAAAAGAUGGCAAUGUUCUUCUUGAUGGCAACCCUUUCAGUGAUGUCUGGCAUAGUCCACUGCAGCGACCACUCCAAAUCAGUCAGUCCAGAAUUAGGCGAGCAAGGCCACGAUGCCAAUCUUCUGAGGAUCCUUGAAGAGCCCCAACAAGAAGAUUCGAACAAGAGAGCCAUCGGAAUGUUGAGGAUGGGCAGGUCACUUCCUUAUUACACGGAUGACGAUGCCGGCAUGAAGAGGGCAGUGAGCUACUUGAGGAUGGGUCGUAGCGGUCUGAACGACAAGAAGGCCGUCAAUAUGCUGAGAAUGGGCAAACGGGUGGUCUCCUUGCUGCGCAUGGGCAGAUCUUCAAGCGCCAACAACAACCAACUUGAUGAGCAAUACGACGAAGAAGCCAACAGUCCUUCAAGAAAAUUUUUCUACGAUAGUCCAAACUAUUUCGUCGACGACGCCGAGAAAGAAAAUUAUAAAUUAGCCCACGACAACAAGAGAGCUGUUAGUAUGCUGAGAAUGGGCUGA